UUUCAAGAGCAUGUAAAUAAAGAUCUUCCUGCACUUGGCAUCUGACACCCACUUAACAGUGUGAGAUUUCAUCACUGAGAACUGAGCUUCACCUUCAGACGGAGACACCGAGUAACAUAAUAAGAGGCCGUGUUACAAAAAAACCCAGCUCGUAUGGUUUAGGCUGUCCACAUUGUGCUUAUACAGCUAUAUUUCCUCAAACUGAGAAGUCUAGUAAACCGUUGCUACAACUGAAAGCGCGUCCAUGGUUUCGGCGAAGGUUGAGGAUGUGAAUGGUGGGCUUUUACGAGCAGUAUAAAUACAAAGAGCGUAGUCUCGCGCUGGAUUAAGUGCGCUGGGACGUCCUGAAGCAGGAUUACAGCAGAGAUCUGCAGCUAUGGCUGACACUUUACGACGACUGGUCAACUCAUCUCCGUAUGGUGUUUUGCAGGACAAACUUGAAGCUUGGUACAAAGACUAUCAAGUGUUCUCUUGUGACCAGAACCUGAAUAGGUGCUGUGAGCUAGUGGAGCUCACCUCUAAGAUUCAGGGUCAGUUGUUCACCAUACUCAACCUUACAGCACAAGAAGGGGGACAUUAUUCAGGUGUAGACACACUGAAAUCUCGCCUUUUGCCAUGGCUUGGCUCUUGCUUCACCAUUGCAGCUUCGUCUGUCUCCGCAGAUACCAGCCUUAGCCUCAUUCAGGAAUCUGUGGAUAAAGAUCGGAAGAUUCGUGAACUAUCCUCAGUUCAUGAGAGCGACAUGCACAAAAUAGAAGACAAGCUGUGUUCUACACGUAUGGAGUUGGACACAGUUAAACAGGAGCUUGCUGACACCCAGAUUGAACUGGACUCCACAAAGAAUAAAUCUGCAACCACCCUCUUGGCCACAGAGGAUGAAAUACUACAUCUAAAGGCAGACUUGCGAGUUGCUCAAGAUCAGGUUGAUCUGUAUAAGAGAAAGCUGGAUAUACUUGAUGACUAUGAGAGGCAGGUCAGAAUCCUACGAGACGAGAUCUCGUUUCUCACUGCUGAAAAAACUGUUCUACAGGAGAGAUUGGUCAGGAGCUGUUCACCUAGUCCUCUUCCCCGCCGUAGUCGCUCCGUUAGCCCUGUGAGGGGUGAGUCUCCUACACGCGCACAGCUCACCAGUUCCUCUCGGCACGCACGGCUGGUGUCCCGCUUCUCAGACCUGUACGCCACAGAGAGACUGGAGUCCCAGAGUCUCCUGCGCAGAUACAUCGACGACCUGGAAACAGUCCAGAGGAUCCUUUUUAUCGCUGUUGUGGAAUCAUUCCAGGCUGCCAAGAUGGCCUAUCGGCAGUUUAAAUCACGUGUGAGGAAGACACUUUCCUCCACUCACAUUGGUCCUGAGAGUCUGGAGGAUGCAGUGGUGGAUUACAUUGUGAGAAAUCUGGAUCUGUAUGACGUGCAGACAAGCGUUAAUGAUGUGAUAAAUGCGAUGAACGUAAACCCACGCAUCUCAUUCCCUCCUGAGGUGGACUUUGUUCUGAUCAGUAGCUUCAUUAGGGAAGCAUGUCGAAUAGCAUUCGCUAUGCAGACUCUGGACCCAGCACUGGACCUGGCCUUCAGCUCAGAUGGAGAACUCUACAGUGAUGUUAAGUACAGGCGCAGCUUUGACUCGGAGUUCACCGCUCCACUUGUGGCGCAUCAUGUGUGGCCUGCACUGUUGGAGGGAGACACGGUCAUACUGAAGGGAGAGGCGGUCACUAGGAGAGGAGCUCUGUGGAGAAGCAGGAGUCGUAGCUCCAGUCCUGUUCGCUCUCGCUCAGGAAGCCCCAGCCGCACAUUUAUGCCCAGUCGUAGUCGAAGCCCUUCCCCUGGACGUCUCUCAAGUAAUCGACUUUAAAGUUAGAUACCUGACCUCACUUCACGCUGGAUACAGAUCCAAACAGAAGCAGAAUAAUCAAAACAUUAUUAUUUUUUUUUCCAGUUUUAACAUAUUCUUUUUUAUGUGUGGGAUGAAUUAGAAACUACAGUGGAAAACAGUUACCUUUAUUACUGACUCUGUACCUAUGAAGAAUGGAGUCAUUGUCAUUUUUAAACAGAAAGCACUAUUUACAAGCUCCACAUUAAUAUUCUGAGUGGACUGCACUUGACUGCACUUGAUUUGAUUGGCCAGUUAAACCUUAAUUAUAUUUGAUCAGCACCAUGAAUACGCAUUAUACUGAUCUGUGACUCAAAGUGAGGGAACAGCUCUCUAAACGUUAACAUUUUACUCGGUGAGUCUAACAGGACCAUUGCACAUUGCACUACCAUUUUUUUAUUCAUAUUUGUAAUACAUUUUUGAAUGGUGGUGUAUGUGCUUGUUAAGGUGCUCUGUUUAUCUGUGAUAACUCCUUUAAGGUGCUAUUCUUUAUCAUUUUUAGUGUGCAGUGUUUUCAUACAUAUAUAUGUGAUUUUUAUUUAUACAGUAGGAAAUAGAAAAUCUGUUGUCUUCGAAGUCACACCUGCACACCAGCACUUUUGUAAUUCGGAUUCCCUAUAGAAUAUUAAUUGUCUCUUUUUUUAAUUUUUAUUUCUGUCAUCACUCUGCAUAAAAGUGCUGUAUGUGAAGUGUUUCUACUUAACUGUAGUACAUAAUCUGUAGACACUAAAACAAUAUUUUACAGAAUUCAUUGAAUGUAUUUUCCCUCUAAGGCCACUUUUAAUGUAAAUUUGUAUUUUUUCCUAAUGUUGGUGUUAUUAUUAUUAUUUUUUUUUUAUUGGGUGCAAAAGAAUCAGACUGCAGUGUUACAGUAUAAGUUUAAGGGUGCUCAGUCUGUUCUUCUGUCAUGGUUACUCAAAUCAUUUAUUAAAUUUGUCUAAACGUACAAA